ACCACAUUAUGAUUUGUGAAUUAUUAAGGGUCGCAGUCGAAACGCAGACGUUCAUCUGGACGUUCGUUACUUCGAAGUAGUAGGUGCGUCCAAAUAUUCUCGGACGCGCGACCGACGACGAGGCACGUCUUGGUGGGAGGCAAAACUCUCUCUCUAGAGCUCAGCUGAUCAUUAAAGCUGCUGCUGGCACAGUCAAACUUUCACGCUCGGCGAUACGCGAGCUUCGCGAGCGAGGAGUAGUCCGUCGUUGCUUUCAAGGUCCGCGCUUCCGAAUACGAUACAUCGAUCCCGAUUCCGCUCUGUUUCUGCAGCGAGACGCGGGAAUCGCGACGCAUGUCGCACGCGACGGGACGAAGGGACCGCCGGGCUGGCUGAGCCGAAAAAAUCCGCCGAAGGGAUCGAAACGACGAACGGAAAGAGUGAAGGAGGCCGACGAAAAGUCGGCCAGGCAGUGCGAGGCUCCUGUUAACCGAACUUGCUCGCGCCAAUCGGCGGCUUUUCACAGUUUCCCUCGGUACUUCGCUAUGAAACUUAUCGCACCGUUAACGCCAGCAGGAAAUACGUAAUUACUAAAACCGAUAAUUUAAUUAGUCCAAGAGAUUAGUCGAGCGCGGAGUGUCUGACAGAGAAAUUGCGUGGCGCUCGAGCGGCGAGUUUUGUCCCUUUUUCUUUGCGAAUGGAUUCAAUGACAAGCCAUUGCAGGUGGAAAUGUUGUAAAUUGUUGCGUUGAGAGAAACUGAAGUACAACUAUGUGCGACGUGCAGGCUCCCUGCCCAUUGGAUAAAUCGACGAUUAAUGAAGAGAUAACGAAUCAUAACCGCGUCUCGAGCUAGACGGUAUCGAGACGGUUCGUCGAUUCGCGUAAAAUUACGCACGAGCGCUCCGCUAAGACAGCAUCUCAAUCUCGGAGGUUUGAAUGAAGACAAAUGACACCUAACGCGAGAGGCGGCAUCGAUCUCCUGGCACCCAGAAUCGGAUUAUCACGGCGGGCGAUCGGGCAUACGAGUCGUGCGUUAUUAGUGAAAGUCGCCCGCGCCUGUUCAGUUUGAGGAUCAAGACUAACGGCGCUACGAUAUUCCCGGCCGAGAAUCGCGUGAAGGGGUAAAGAAGGUCAGGAAGGAAAGGAAGGAUCAACAGAGAUCUUCACCUGGCUGGAGAAAGGGAAAGAUAAUCGGGCAAAAUGACGGGCGGCCUCUCGUCGACGUUCGAAUUUCGACACACGUCGUGAGCGAGUUCUCUCGCUGGGUAAAGCGACGUUUAAAAAGUCGAGCGUGCUCAGAGCGGAAAGUUGUGUGUCAUUGUUCUCUUUGCCGGCUCUUCCCCCGAGUUCCGAUUACACCGGGUCGGAGGAAGCGCCGUGAGCUUGAGUUUCUCGGGAGAAAGGAACGGAUCCGUGGACGAGUAGACCGCGAAGUAAGAAGCUCGUGGAGAGUUAUUAAGAGUAAAAAGAAAAGGGGGAACCGUCGGAUCUUCGCGCACUUCGCUGAGCCGUGGCUCUCUCACGACGGCGCUUCGCGAGACUGCGCUAGGUAUAUAAGGGGCCGCGGUUAGGAAAACAAAUGGAAAUUUCGCAGAGUAAUACUUCACGAUGCUUUUCGCGGAGCGAAGGCAUUUUAAGUGAGACGCACUCCAACUUUAGAGAGGAAAUAUCAAACUGAAACGAUCGAAGCGUAACAAUCGCUGAAGUGAAGCUUCAGGCCCCUCCUUGCCCUCCGAGAACGACGAGAUACGUUAUUUGUGAAAAAAAAACAACGAAAGCAAAUCAAACAGAAGGUUCCAGCGAGUCUGAUAACGUUACCUUUGAUAAAGUCGCAACAAUAUUCUCGGUCUAUUUUACGACAGUUAACGACCGUUGUUACCAGGUAGACAUCAAAAAGAAGGAAAGUAAAAGUUUAAAGAUUGUUGAGCUCCAUGGAACGUCUCUGUUACAAGCUUCAACUCCUUCGUUAAAAAACGCGCUCAUUAAACUUCAGUACUUGAAAACGUAUUGAAGGCUCGCUUCUGUUACGCAGAUUCGCGCACAGCAAACAAGUUUCAUUCACGCGGCGAGGUAUCGAGAGAGAGAGAGAGGGAAAUUGACCAAAGCCGCUUCGUUACACGAUCGAUAAUUUCUAUUUCCUCGACUGAAAAAAGGAAUUAUCUACGGUCAAUCUUUCACUCGAAGAUCAAAAGAAUCCAUUGACGGGCCGCGGGAGGCUAUUGCGAAGAAUUUCAGCGGCAAACUGGAUGAGCAAAAUCAACGAACUGUGCGCGAAGAAGUGGGAGAGCCAUCUUCGAAGCCGUCCGCUCGCUACGAAUGAGGAUUGAAAGAGACAAAGUGCGCAAUUUAUCGCGGACAUUGAAAGAACUGGGGAACAGUGUAUUUCUUUUCGGCGGCAUGCAUUAAAAUGACAACGAGGCUUUUACUCGAAUGAGGCUUGACCUUCGUUACUUGUCCGUCCCCCGAGAGAGCACGCGCGCCUUAGCUCUUCAACCCGAGCAGUUCCGAUCUAUAUCCAGUUUAAACGAGUUCGCCGCCGAAAGACGGAAGGACACGGGACGGAGGAUGCGAGGAGCCGUCGUAAGGACGCGGCCAAGCAGCGACCAGACGCGACACGCUCGCAAAACGAUCGCGGGGUGAACGACGGGACGGUUCAUCGCGGGUUCGCCGCCGCGAACUGGAGCGUGAGGGGUCCGUUCUCCCGCCGGCAUCAUCCCGCUUACCCGACCGGAAACGCGCGGCGAGGAGAAUACGAAUUCGCGGCGGAUCUUUCAGGCCGUUUCUCGCUUCGCCGAUGCACGAAAGAAGUCGCGUGACGAGAGCGUCGCGCGUUCAAACGUGACGCGGGGGAUCGUCCGCGGUAGAAAAGAAAAGGAAGAAAGUAGUAGGAGGGAGGGAGAGAAAAGCGAUGCCGGGUCGCGAGACGAUUGUCCUCUUCCGUUGAGGGAUUCGUCGACGAUCUCGAGGCUCCGCCGUAAAAGUGUCGCGGCGCGCGAGGGGAGGAGAAUCGCCGCGCGAAAAUCAUCCGCCAUCGUUAAACGGGUGUCGGCAGGCUGACAUCUCGAGGAUGACGCGCGCCGCGUACCGACCCGGCCUCCACCAUCUCCUCCUGGGGUUCACCUUGCUGAUCGAACCCCUGCUGGGCUACAACGUCCUGAUGGCCACCAUGGGUGGCACCAAGUCCCACACGGUGCCCUUCGUCGCCCUUGGUACCAGUCUGAGGUCGCGAGGACACAACGUCACGCUGCUGAGCGCUUUCUCCGGUCCCGCGGCGAAUAAUGGUCUUCACGAACUGGUGCCGUCGAACCUCGAGGCCUAUGUCGAGAAUUUCACGGCCCGGUGGGACCUGGUGGGCGCCAGGUUCCGGAACGAGCUUCCGGUAUCGCCGUGGGACGCCAUGAGAUACGCCUGGGAGUCCUGCGAGGCGUUGCUGCAGGACGCGCCGUCGAUAGCCGGCAUGAGAAAACCGGACAGCGACCCGCACGCCCGAUGGGACGUCGCGGUGCUCGACGGCGCUUAUCCCGAAUGCAUGCUGGGGAUCCUCCACGGCGAGAACGUGCCGACGAUAAUGCUGAACACGGUGGCACUGUACAGCGGCUCCAUUAUGCGACAGGGCAAUCCAUCGCCGUGGUCGGUGACACCGUAUUUCGGUAAAGCGACUACACAGGACAUGACUUUUCUCCAGAGAGUCCUGAACGCGGCGGCGCUGCUCACUCUAAAGAUUAUGCAUUGGUUCACGCUUUCGAUUUACCUUCAGCCGACGCUCCAGAGAUACCUCGGCAAUCAUAUACCCGACGAUCUGCACAGCCUGACGGCGGAGGUUCCCCUGACUUUGCAGAACAGUCAUUAUAGCGUGGGCGAUUCCGUGCCCUACUUGUCGAACGUCGUAAACGUGGCGUGCCUUCACUGCAGACCGGCGAUGCAAUUAAGUUCCGACUUAGAAUCCUUCCUGCGACGCGGCUUCGUGUUUGUCUCGAUGGGAUCGUCGGUACGAGCUUCCGGAAUGCCGGAGGCACUGCGGCAGAUCUUUGUCGCGGUAUUCUCCACGCUGCCGUACAACGUCGUGUGGAAGUGGGACGGCGGUAAGAUUAAGGAUCUGCCGGCGAACGUGAGGACGGCUGCCUGGUGGCCGCAGCAGGAGCUGCUCGGCCAUCCCAAGUUACGUGCCUUUGUUUCCCACGGCGGCCUGUUGUCUCUGCACGAGGCGGCUUACCACGGCGCGCCGACCCUGGUGCUACCGGUCUUCUGCGAUCACGAUGGAAACGCGGCGCAAGCUGAUAAACUGGGUUACGCUUUGGUAAUGGACCUGGCUGGUAUAUCCAUCAGUGCGCUUCGCGAGGGUAUAAUUAAAGUCGCCGCGCUUCACAAUAACUCGUACAGAGAGGCGGCUAAGAAGAGGAGCGUGCUGCUGCGGGACCUCCCGAUCGGUCCCAGAGAAUUGGCCACGUGGUGGGUAGAACACGUGGCCAAAUACGGCGGAGCCGAUCACUUGAAAAGCUCAAUCAGGUACAUGAACGUGUUCCAUUAUUACAGCAUGGACGUCGCGAUAUUUUACAUACUGAGUUUAAUCCUGAUAAUUUACGGGCUGAAAAAAUGGUGCUGGCGAGCGGUAAUCAGUCAGGAUUUCAAGAAGAAGAUAGACUGAUCCGUUAAUUCCGCGAAAUCCUCCGCCAAAUUAAUAUUAUUUAUUGCAGCGAAUAAGAUGUAACCUCUUAAUUACAUGUAAGUGCGGUAAAUUAAUCGGGACAAAAUAGGGAUUACGUGUGUCGAAGAACAAUCUCGGCUUUUUCAAGAUCUCUAAUAUCGCUUUCAUUAUAAGUAAUUAUAAGCAAUUGUAAGUCAUAUUGUAAUUAUAGCUCAACUGUUACGCUACCGAUGUAAUUAAGAUAAGCUCGUUUAAUCUGAAUCUCAGCUGUAACAUGUCUGCGUGACAAAUUAAAAAAAGGUUUACACGAGAAGUAAGAGAUACCUUUAUGUACGCAACGGCGUUUAGACGGACAGAAAUUCAUUAACCGCUGAUAUAAUAGGAAUCUACUAUCCGGAGGAUGCUACGCCGAGUGAAAAUCGUGACGACGGUGCCACUUUACGCGCUAUCCGUGUUUUAUCAGUCGCCACAAGUUACACCUCUUGAUUUUAAUUAGCGCCUCAACUUUCGGCGCGACGGUUAAUCGUCGCCGAGCAAUUUUAAUAGAAUAAAUCAAUAAUUAUCAUAAGCGGUAAAUUCGAUAUUACAGUCGUCAAAUCCUUAAACGAACAAUUAGUGCGAGCUCCCAGGCGAAACGUGCAUUUUAACUGAUUGUGAGUCUAAUUGCGCAACGGGGUAGCAGGAGAGCCGCAUGCAUACGAACGCCGUGUUCGAAAAACCUGUUCAAUACUUGAAAUACGACGAGAGAGAUGGCGAGGAUGUUCCUAGCGAGACCUCGCGCGCGCAAAUAAGUGUGCGGAGGCUCCGCCGGAAACCGCGCGCGAAGGAUGUCAGAGGUCGACGGACGCGUCUAUAGACGCGAGGCGUUUGCCAGGAUUAAUUAUGUUAACGUACAAACACGGGGGAUUCGCGGCUUCGUCCCGAAUGCACGCGCGCGUCCGCGCGACAAGCCCGCGGUACGGUUUGCACGACCUGUGUGCGAGCGAGGCGCGCGCGGAAUACGC